AUGUUUAAUUCUGACUGGAAAAAUACAGAGGAAACUCCAUUACCAAAUAAUAUACCCGAAGUAGAUGAAGUUGGAGCAACUUCUGCUCCAUUAUUAUCUGCCUCAUAUUACAUUGGAGAUAGAUGUAAACCAUAUAAUGAUGAUUUCAUGUUGUGUAAAGAUGAAAAUAAUGGAGGAGCAAUAGAUUGUUUAAAAGAAGGAAGAAGAGUAACAAGAUGUGCUAUAUCGGUAUUAAAAGAUUUAAAUAAAUAUUGUUUCGAUGAAUUUAAAUUACAUUAUGAUUGUUUAGAACAAAAUAAUCAAUAUUUUAGUCGUUGUCGUUCGAGUGAAAAAUUACUAGGUAAAUGUGUAUUUGAUAAUUUAAAAUUAGUGAAAAAAAUUCCUGGAGUUAAAGAACAAAUUCAAGAUAAACCAAAUCCAAUAUAUAAAACUAGUUCCAAAGAUGUUAAAUUAACUAAUCAAUUUAUACAACUGGAGGAAAAUAAACAAAAAUCUAGCUAG